AGGUCAUCACAACAAGCUGCAUGGUGUUUUCUCACUUUAUGUUCUCAGGGUCCCCAAAAGCGCUGAGGAGAUGCUAACGGGGCGACCCCACAGCUGCUGUUCUCCCUCUCACAACACAGUUUUAACAGUCCACAGUUUUAACCGCGUUCGUCGAAAUCUGUGGAAAUAAUCUUUGCGUUUGAUGUCCAGAGCACCUCCUGUCAGGAAGCCGCUCUCCCACAAACUUUCAGCCGAGCGCAGCGCUUCUCACAGCGGAUCCAUGAGUUUGGAGCUGUCGAGUACUUCAGCGUAGAACCGGUGUUGUCUACAAUGUUGCUCUCACUGCUAUGGCACUGUGGCUCUGUCCUGUUGGGCCUAUCAUGCUGCCUACUGGGAGUGACAUCAUCACUGAACCUGGAGGACCCCAAUGUCUGCAGUCACUGGGAAAGCUACUCGGUCACAGUGCAGGAGUCAUAUGCACACCCCUUUGAUCAGAUCUACUACACCAGCUGCACUGAUAUCCUCACAUGGUUCAAGUGCACACGUCACAGGGUUAGCUACAAGAUAGCCUACCGGAGAGGAGAGAAAACCAUGUACCGCCGCAAGUCUCAGUGCUGCCCAGGGUUCUACGAAAGCAGAGAGAUGUGUGUUCCCCACUGUGCUGAGAAAUGUGUGCACGGCCGCUGCGUGGCCCCCAACACCUGUCAGUGCGAGCCCGGGUGGGGAGGAGCCGACUGCUCCAGCGCAUGUGACAGUAGCCACUGGGGUCCUCACUGCAGUAACCGCUGUCAGUGUAAAAACGGGGCACUGUGUAACCCCAUCACGGGUGCGUGUAUCUGCACAACUGGUUAUCGUGGCUGGCGCUGUGAGGAGCGCUGUGAGGCAGGUACCUAUGGAAACGGCUGCCAGCAGAAAUGCUUGUGUCAGAACAACGCCACCUGCCAUCAUGUCACAGGAGAGUGCACAUGCAGCCCUGGAUACACUGGAGCGUUUUGUGAGGAUCUGUGUCCUCCAGGCAAACAUGGGCAACAGUGUGAGGAGCGCUGCCCCUGUCAGAAUGGUGGAGUGUGUCACCAUGUGACUGGAGAGUGCUCCUGUCCUGCUGGCUGGAUGGGAACAGUUUGUGGUCAGCCCUGUCCUCAGGGUCGCUUUGGUAGGAACUGCUCUCAGGAGUGUCAGUGUCACAAUGGAGGAACCUGCUCCUCGUCUACUGGAGAAUGCUGCUGCAGCCCAGGAUACACUGGAGAAAGGUGUCAGGACGAGUGCCCGGUUGGCAAGUAUGGCGUGAGCUGCAGCCAAACCUGUCGCUGUGAGAAUGGAGCCAAGUGCUACCACAUCAGUGGGGCGUGUCUUUGUGAGCCAGGCUACACAGACGAGCGCUGCGAGACACGCAUCUGCCCUGAGGGCAUCUACGGCCUCAAUUGUGAAAAGAGAUGUCCCUGCCACAGCCAAAACACACACAGUUGUCACCCUGUGUCUGGUGAGUGCUUGUGUCAGCCUGGUUGGUCAGGUGUGUACUGUAAUGAGACGUGCGCUCCUGGAUUCUACGGUGAGGAGUGUCUGCAGGUGUGUGAGUGUCAGAACGGUGCAGACUGCCACAGUGUGACUGGGGAGUGUAACUGCGCACCAGGCUUUAAGGGUGCCAAGUGCUCCAUCCCCUGUCCUGCAGGGACAUAUGGAGUAAACUGCUCCUCUGUGUGCACUUGUAAGAAUGGAGCCAUGUGUUCUCCAGUAGACGGGUCCUGCACAUGUAAAGCAGGCUGGCAUGGAGUUCACUGCUCUAUUAACUGUCCCAGUGGUACAUGGGGACUGGGCUGUAACCUCACCUGCAAGUGCGGAAACGGUGGAGCGUGCAAUGCUCUGGAUGGCCAUUGCACCUGCGCUCCAGGCUGGAGAGGAGAGCGAUGUGACCUGCACUGUCAGGAUGGUACUUAUGGGAUGGACUGUCGAGAGCGUUGUGACUGCAGUCAUGCCGAUGGCUGUCACCCUGCCACUGGGUACUGCCGCUGCCUUGCUGGCUGGACAGGGAUCCACUGUGACAGUGUGUGUGCUGAGGGCCGCUGGGGGCCGAAUUGCUCUCUGCCCUGUAACUGUAAGAACGGAGCAUCGUGCUCACCUGAUGAAGGGACCUGCGAAUGUGCUCCUGGCUUUAGAGGCACCACCUGCCUGGGGAUCUGUUCUCCGGGUUACUUUGGCCACCGCUGCAGUCAGACAUGUCCACAGUGUGUCCAUAGCAACGGCCCCUGUCACCAUGUGACUGGCCAGUGUGACUGUCUUCCUGGUUUUAAAGGAGCUCUUUGCAAUGAAGUGUGUCCCAGUGGCAGGUUUGGAAAGAACUGUGCUUGGACAUGUACCUGCACCAACAACGGCACAUGCAACCCCAUUGACGGCUCCUGCCAGUGCUAUCCUGGCUGGAUUGGCAGCGACUGCUCUCAGCCUUGUCCUCCUGGUCACUGGGGCCCGAACUGCAUCUACACAUGUAACUGUCAUAACGGCGCAUACUGCAGUGCCUAUGAUGGCGAGUGCAAAUGUACACCAGGGUGGACAGGACUUUACUGCACACAGCGCUGUCCGUUAGGUUUCUAUGGUAAAGACUGUUCCCAGACCUGUCAGUGUCAGAAUGGUGCAGACUGUGACCACAUCUCUGGGCAGUGUACCUGCCGCAGAGGCUUCAUGGGACGACACUGUGAACAAAAAUGUCCUCCAGGAACAUAUGGCUUUGGCUGCCGGCAGGUGUGUGACUGCCUUAAUAACUCCACCUGUGAUCACAUGACUGGGACCUGCUACUGCAACCCAGGCUGGAAGGGCGCACGGUGUGACCAAGCUGGUGUAAUCAUUGUAGGCAACCUGAACAGUCUGACCAGUGCAGCAGUGCCAGUAGAUUCCUAUCAGAUUGGAGCGAUCACAGGCAUUAUUGUCCUGGUGCUGCUGGUGCUCUUCCUUCUGCUCCUCUUCAUAAUCUACCGGAAAAAGCAAAAAGGCAAAGAACCUGUAAUGCCUGCAGUUACUUACACCCCAGCCAUGCGGGUCAACACAGACUAUGCCAUUGCAGAUGCACUACCACAGACAAAUGAAGCCCCUGCCAACAGCAACUACUUCUCCAACCCCAGCUACCACACACUGACCCAGUGUACCAGCCCGCCCCAUGUGAAUAACCUGCCUUAUGGAAAGACAAAGAACAACCAGUUGUUUGUUAACCUGAAGAAUGUGGAACCACGAAAGAGGCCGCCUCUGAUGGAGCACACUGGAACUCUGCCUGCUGACUGGAAACAGGGCAGCUGCUUCAAUGAGCUUGGAGCUUAUGGAGUUGACAGACGCUACACAGGAAAAUCUCUUCGAGACCUCGUGAAAGGUGUGCCCUACCAUGCCAGCUCCUGCUCUCUCAACAGCUCAGAGAACCCCUACGCCACCAUUAAAGACCCUCCUCUCCUGUUGCCCAAAAACACAGAGUGUGGCUAUGUGGAGAUGAAGUCCCCCGCACAGAGAGACUCUCCAUACGCAGAGAUACAUAACUCCAGCCCUGCCAACAAAAACGUUUAUGAAGUUGAACCGACUGUUAGUUCUGUCUACACACCUGCCAACAACAACUGCAAUGGACCAUUUGGCCAAGACCCCUAUGACCUACCAAAGAACAGCCACAUCCCCUGUCAUUAUGACCUGCUGCCCACACGGGACAGCCCCCCAUCCCCCCACAAAGAGCUCGAAAGUGAAUGAGCUCUCAGAGACUUGAAUAAAAAAAAGUCCACUGCCAUGGCCUCGCCUUCUUUGGUUUCUUUAUGCUCACUGGUGACUUGAAACUCACUGUCUGCAUAUCUUCACAUCAGUAUGUUAAUGGUUUUAUUGCUCUUUUUAUUGUCAUGGUCAUUAUUCUUAAUCAUAUUCUUUUUUUUUUUUACAAGAAGUACUUCAAGAGAAUUUUGCAGAUGGCUCUCUUUGCUGUCCUAUUGUCCACAUUCAUACUGGAAAAAAUCAUGAAGAAAUUUAAACGAAGGAGGUGACAUUUUUUUGUAGCAGAUUUACUCAGUAACUUCAAUGAAUCAUUCCAUUCAUCGAUGACAACAUAUCACUUGCCUUUAUAUUGUAGAAUGCAAAUACAGAGCGAACCUCAAUUUAUUUUUAUAACGAUGAAAUGUUUAAAGACUUACUCAGUAUUAGAUAUUGGACAGGAGGCUGGAACGUCUUUGUUGCUUUCUGAUUUUUUUUGUGUGUGUUUAGACAAGUUAUUAGCACUAUUGAGAAUCUGUAUUGUCUAAACAAUGUCACAGUUGUACUGUUGUUUUAGAAAGAUUUUUAUUGUCUGCUAGUGUUUUAUCCAUACUAAGUUUAACCAAAGGUCAGAGGGCCAUAAUAACACUUUGUUUUUGUAUCUAUAUUGGCUCUUUUGGUAAAUGUAUUUAUUUAGGACGACCAUCCUUCAGUUCUGUUCCUCAUAGCCCUGGGUUUGCACUCAUCAUCACAUCAUCACUAAUGAUAUAAUUGCAGUUAGACAAAGGUUAGAUCUCAAUGGUAACAUGCUUCUCUUUGAAUGUUUUUGGAUGACAACUUAACCCAACUUGGCCAACUCAGUGUAGGUUUAUGAAAAACCCAACUUGGUUAUUGGAAACAGAUCUAAAAUACUCAGGGGUGGAGGAACUGCAGUACUUCUGUACUUGAAUAUAAUUAGACAUAAACGUGAUAAAGUAUUACUUGAGGAAAGAUACAAAUAUCCUAUUUGUAUUUCCACUUGAGUAAAAGAUAUUUGCUUUUGAAAGUGCUUAAGCAGUGGUGGUCCUAGAAUUUAUUUAGGUGUUACUACAGUUUCUGUUUAAGUGAUAAGUAAGUUCAAAGAACCCCAUAACCAUCUCAUAAUAUAUCUAAAUACACAUGAUGUAAAAAGAACAUUUUAUUAAACAGCUCAUUCCACACAUUCCAAAUAUUUCUCAGCGUGUUUUACAUUCAGUAGUAGAUGUGGUAAAAUAUAUCGCCACAAGGUUAAUUAUUUCAAAGAUACCAUAUUCAGACAUGCAAACUUGUCAGCAGUGUUACUUGUGAACAGUGUUAUAACACUGAAGCUUUCUGGUGCAACCUGAGAAUAAAAUACAGGGAAAAAAUGAUUGCUAUAGAAUGAUUUAGUUCAUUAAUUUUAACAGCUAUACCAAUAUAAGUCAUGUGAAACAUUUUACUUUUCAGGUAGAUGUAUGCAUUAAAAACACCAUAACAAAGUCUAAAGGUCAGUGUGUAAAAUUUGACAGACAUCUGCUUUUUGGCUUGUUAUCAACAAUUAUCAUAAAUAGAGGCUUUUCUAAAAACUCAUUCUUCUGUGUUACAAGUUUAUACUGACUGUGUAAGAUAUGUUGUGCUUGGACCCCAGUGAUCUCCACUUGCAAUGUAAUGUAUAGUCAUUGAGCUCUCAGCCCACAGUUCACAUAAAUCAAGGUGUUCUACCAAAACAAAGUGACAACUAAUUUGGUUGCAAACAAUGAUAAUGUAUGCAUAUUUACAUUUUGCACCACCAUUCGAAAGAAAGAAUUUCUAUUGAAGAAAGAAAUUAUAUAUAUGAAAAUGAAACCAACUUCUCUUGUAACUUAUUCAUGUGUUACCCUUUUAAAACCAUUAAUUUCCAUACAAGUUAAGAAUGCAUCUUCCUUCUCCUGGGAAGUUACCAUUUCUGAGAUACAAGGUUUUGUUACGACAUUGACAAUAUAUAGAGGAUGUACUUUAACUAAUAUUUUACCAAGAAUACUUAUACUCAAGUACAGAAAUAUUGCACUCCACCCCUGAAAAUACUCAAGAGUAAUAAUGCUUAAGCUGGACUUUUGCAGUGUAAUGGAAAUGUUGAUAUGGGGUUAAAAUCAGACCAUUUUUUGUUUUGUCUGGACACAGAUAAAGUAUUAGAGUAUAUAGGACUUUUAUAUGUUUGUGUUGAAUGGUACAAGGACAGCCUCCAGUCUUAACCUACUCUGAGCCAGAUAUUGCAUUUGUAUAAUUGUAUAUAGCUGUUGUACGUUUUAGAAGAAGAUCAUAGAACAUUGUGUUUGAGAGAGCAAAAUACACUCGGUUCUCUGUCUACAGAUUGUAAUAUUGAUAAUUCCUUCAAAAUUACUGUCUAUGUCCUACUUUACAUUCAAUCACAAUACUUUGAAGGAAUUGAAAGGAGUCAGGAAUUGCUGUAUGUAAGUUGGCUUUUGGUACAGCAGAAACAUUCGUCAUUCAUCAUGUUCAAUGUCAGUAAACUUUAAUACUGGAGUGGCACUUUCUUCUUUUUCAGUGACCUGAUUUCCUGAUCUGGGCUUUAAAGUUACUAUAUUUUCAAGAACUUAAUGAAUUUGUUAAUGCCUCUUUAACAUGACAAAUACUGUUCAGAGGAAAAUGAAAAUUUUUUUUGUUAAUUUGCAUUUUGCGUUACAAACAAUAAUAACCACUUGAAGAAAUCAUAGUUUCCAAAAGGCCAGUGCAGAUUUGUGUUGACUGAACUGGAAGGGUAUAUAAUAAGUGUUUCUGUAUAUAUUAUCUACGGCAUCUUUUUUUUCCCUAAUGUUGUGUUUUUUGUAAGAACAAAAUGAAAUUGCACAAUUUUCAUUCUCUUCCCCAAAGAACACCCAUGACAAUGAUAUAUGCCUUGUACUACCACAUUUCUCACAUGCUUUGUAUUGUAUUUUAUUUUCCAGUAGCUUAUACGAACUGUAUGUGCAAUUUUGCUUUACAAUAAAAUGAGGAAAAUGUUUUAAGUAAA